GAGGCAAUUCCUAUGGCCCAUGGGUACCUAAAGCAAGUACAUUACGACAACACUAAACAUUGAAUCUUAAAAAUUCGGUUUCUAAGCAAAAUCACUACACAAGAUGACUAAGCUUAGUUCCGAGCAGCUUCAAUUCUUCAACUCUCAAGGUUAUCUUGUGAUUGACGUUGCAAGUGGCGAUGAGAUCGAGUCCAUGAUGACGAUGGAGCAGUUGGUGGAUAAGUUUGAUUAUUCUUCAACGCUUCUUGAUUUCUCCACAAGAACUUCAGCAACAGUGACUGAUGAUUACUUUUUCGAUAGCGUGGAAAGGGUUUCUUUUUUCUUUGAGGAAAAAGCAUUUGGUGAUGAUGGCAAUCUAAAGCAGCCGAAGCAACUCUCUAUUAAUAAAGUUGGCCACGCUCUUCACGAGAUUGAACCGGCAUUCAAGAAGUUUUCUUCUUCUGAGAAAAUUUCAAGUUUGAUGUACUCCUUAGGUUACAAGAGGCCUGUAGUCAUGCAGUCUAUGUAUAUAUUUAAGGUACAGUUUUGCUUUUCUGGGACAUCUAGUUGCUGAUAAUGUAGUUGAAAUAACUCAAGUUCAAUGCUGUAUUUUGUGGCAUUAUGUAUGAGCAGUAGAUAUGUGAAUUGGUUGAAGUUUGUGUAUGUAUGUUCAUCUAAUUUCCUGGUUUGAGGGGUAAGAGAGACUGGGGGUAAGGGAGUUGUGUGAUUUGGUUUUCCAUAUUUGUUCUCCAAUUUGAAAAUGACUUCUC